UGGGUUCCAAUCCGGUGGCUCCAUCCCAUCAGAAAAUAUCGCUUGAGGUCCAGACUCACUCCCCAGAGGUCGUGUUUGGUUCAGACCUCUGGACCAUUGGUGAGAGACUGAGUGAGUGAGUGGAGGCUGUGGCAACGCCUUUGACGGAUCCCCGGCGUCCUAGGAGGCAUGGGACGGUUGUUCCCUCAUGGCACCUUUAUCGUCCACCACCUCCUCGACCCGCUCCGGUGCCAAGACAUGCCUGUCACCCAAUCCCAUCCACGGAGGACGAGGUGGACCUCGAGGACGAUCGCGGAAGGUGCUCGUCCCCGGGGUCAAUAGGCGAGGUCGUGCCGCACGAGGUGGAGCACGUCGAGCCCGAGGCUUGAUCCGAGGUCAACGGGUGACCCGACAAGCGGGCCACCUAUCCCCUUUCUCCAUCUACCCCCGGGUACGAUUGGCCAAGGCGGAUCGAGAUCAGGCCGAGCGAGCCAUUUUGUCUGUUCUCACACCCAAUCAAGUGGAGAAACGCUCGCAGAACAAGGCGGCGCUCAGCGAGGACUUGGAACGCCUCAAACGUGGAUCCAAGCGUCGAAACGCGGCUAGUGUCAUCUUUCGACCGCAAGUGGAAGCCGUGCACAGCUUCAUUAGUGAUAUUGACAGUGUCAGUGAGUCAGACAGUGCAGACCAGGACGGCUCAGCCGAAGUGAUUCAUUACCAGGCUCGAUCAUUUCAAGCCCCCAUAUCGGAUUCCCCCGAGUCAUUGAUCCAGUGGGUGGAGCCCAAGUCCGUGAAAGUGAACUUAGACACCACCACCGAGUGGAGCUUUAUUUUCAGUCAAAACCGUCAAGCCUCCUUCAUCGAGGCCUUCGAGCACAGUCCAGUUGAGGAUCCGUUAUUGGAUUCGACCGCCUCCACCAUAUCCGUCGUGGUUGACCCUGAGGAUAACAUCUCAUUUAACAACAUCCAACCGCGCCUCUUUCAAGACAUUAACAUGGAACGAUCCAACGGUCUCGCCAAGACCCUAGACCCCCCCAACUCUUGUGAGAAAUCCAAGCUCGAUAUCGUAGCCGACCCUCCGUCCAGCCCGAGUUGUUCCGUGAUAGAGGAGAAAGGCGAAUCUGAUGAUCAGUCGUCUCUCAGUCAGAGUACCUCGAUUGACGCGGCAGCAGCUGACGAGCAACCCGAAAAAGCUGGGGCCGAUCCAACGACAGAUUCGGAACGGGUCGUCCUGCGCGAAAACAGGGUGAUGAUCAUGGAGGACCAGGAAGACGAGGAAAAGAAGGAGAAGAUCAUAUCCUGUUCCUCCUCCUCCUCCUCCUCCUCCGCCUUCUCCGCCUCCCCUGCCUCCCCUCUGAACGGUCAACAUGAAGAUAUAGCGCAGGAAAGGAGGGCCCAGGAAGAAGAAAGAGAAGAGCAUGAAGAAGACCAACAACAUCAACAACGAAAGGAAAGAAGCACAGAAUCGGAAGUCCUCGAGAGCGAAUCCCAUCAAAAUUCGUGUGAGAGUCAAACAGAGACUGAUGCGAGUCUGAUCCAAGAUGAAGGACUAUCAAUAGCCACAUGUUUACUCGAUGAAAUAAUAGAACAUGUGCCCAGCCUCACCUCCUCGGCCUUCAAUUGGUCAACAACCCGAAAUGAUGUCGUAAUGGAAGACGAUGGAGGUGAGAUGGACGAUGAAGAUUCCAUACUUCUUCCAACGAAUGCAUUCAUCAAAGAGGAAUUGGAAUCAGAAACCGAAGAGCCCUCCUCCUGCAAAGUCACCAAGAGUGGUCGUCGUGUGAUCAGACCAUUCACACCAGACCUGAAUCAUUCGAAUCGCGCGAGUCCGAUGCAAUGCCCGAAACGCGAGAUUCGGUCGGCCACACCCGAGGACUUGGCCGAGAAAAUGCGCCAAUUCGAAAUGACCUCUCCGGCCGCGUUUGAAGAAGGUUGCAUGCUAUGGGCGAGAGUGGGAAGUACAUGCUUUUGGCCUUGUGCAGCCUUGAGCGAUCCCGACAUUGGAAUCUAUACACGUAUUAGCACGAAGAGGAACCAAUUGCAGAGGGAGUAUCACGUUCAGUUCUACGGGAGACCUGUUCAACGAGCUUGGGUUCUCAAUUCGUACAUCAUGGAAUAUGAGGGGAUCGAAGAGUUCCACCAAAAGACUGAAAUGAUCAGGAAGAAAGUCCGCGGAACCAAGCACGGACCCAAAGUGCUUCGAGCCUAUAUUCCCAAUGGAAAGACUGCCAAAUUGGGCUGGGAGGAAGCUGUUGAAGGUGCCGAAAAGUCGCUGAGUUUAUCCUCGCAAGAGCGAGUAAUCCAACUGAAGGCCCUCUCUCAAGAGCUCCUUCUUAAGGGUCCACGCCAACGCUUUCAAAGUGGAAGUUCCACCCUCUCCGGCGCUUCCAGGAAGCGAAAACGCACCAUCAGUGGAACCACGGUUGAUAGCAGCGUGAGCGAAGAGGAGUCGUUGGCCAAGAAGCCCCGAUUUGCCCAAGCUGAUCGGCUUAUUCAAGCCAUUCCCGCCGAAACCCUCGAGGCACAUCGGCGAAAGCUCAAGACGGGAUUCAAGCUAUUUCAUUUGGCCAAUUUUGAUCGGAUCCGGGCAGAGUGCGAGGAUAAUGCCGAGACCGACAAGAAGCUGGGCAAGCUCUGGGCUGAUGCGGCGUGCUUAGAGCGUCGUUUCUACCAAGAGCAAGCCUCCAACCUCGUGCAUAGUGAACAAGUGGAUGACAGUCGAUCCUCGAUCCAGGGUGAAGACGACUAUGUGAUUUUGGACUCUGAGGACGAGGCUUUCAACGAUGCCUCGUCCGUGAGCAGUAGCAUCAGGUCAGCCAAGAAUGUCGUGUGUCGACAACCCCCAACCCUAGAGUUGAUUGGCCAAUGGAAGAAAGAGAAUUGCUGCAUGAUCUGCGAAGAGGUCGAGAACCAACAGAACGAUCUGGUGCGAUGUCGCGGGGUAUGUGGGAAUUCUUUUCACUUGAGCUGCAUUCAAGUGCAAACCUCGAGCAAAGAGGACUGGAAAUGCUCGGAGUGCACGUCGGGGGUUCAUGCUUGUCAUAUCUGCAAGUCUCCCGCUAAACAGGUCAGUCGCUGCACUUCGCCUGGCUGCGGCCGAUUCUACCAUUUGGAGUGCCUUCGUGAUUCCGGGAUGUGGCCUCAGACGCGCGUUGGCGACAACAAGUUCGUCUGCCCGGUUCAUAUGUGCCAUACAUGUGCCUCGACCAAUCCCAAAGAGCCAUUCAUGAAGUACUCCUCUCGACUGUUGAAGUGCAUUCGUUGUCCGACGGCCUAUCAUUCUGGAGAUUUCUGCGUGACUGCGGGCACGGUUCAAAUCACGAGCACGCAGAUCGUGUGCCCGAAGCAUUACACGCCGCCGGCCAACCGUAAAUCCGGAGGAUCACUUCACGUGAACACCAAUUGGUGCUUUUUAUGUUCAAAGGGAGGCUCUCUCAUUUGCUGCGAGAAAUGUCCGGCGAGCUUCCACACGGAAUGCUUGCAAAUCAAACCGCCAGAGGGCGUGUUUGUCUGUGAUAGUUGCGAAGUGGGACGUAUGCCUUUGUACAACGAGGUCGUGUGGGUGAAACUAGGAAAUUAUCGUUGGUGGCCAGCCACUGUAUUGCAUCCCGCCAAGGUCCCGGCCAAUAUUGAGAAGCUUCCCCACGAAACGGGCGAAUUCCCCAUCCAGUUCUGCGGCUCGAAGGAAUAUUUUUGGAUCAAUCAAGGGCGCUGUUUCCUCUAUGAGGAUGGGGACGCAGAAAAGAUCCCGUCCGAUAGUGCCAAGGGUCUGAAUGCGGCCUACAAAAGAGGCUUACGCGAAGCUGCCGAAGCGUUCAAUGUCUACACUAAAGAGAAAGAGGCUCGCGAAGCUGCCAAUGUGGACAAAGCCCGCCUUUCCAAGAGUCUCAAACCACCCAUGUACACCAAAAUCAAGGCCAAUCGCCCUUACGGCGAUUGUCCCGUAUACACCGAAGACGCCUCCGACAAGACCUGUGAUUGUGAUUUUGAACAAGAAUCUCCGUGUGGCCCCGAUAGUGAGUGCAUCAACCGAUACCUCAUGGUGGAAUGCCGUCCCUCCUCGUGUCCAUCCAAAGAGAAAUGUCAAAACCAGAGAUUCACCAAACGUCUCUACCCAAAGUUAACCGUGGGCCUCACUCAAGGCCGUGGUUGGGCCUUGGUGGUGGGAGAGGACGUUAAAAAGGGUGACUUCAUCAUUGAAUACGUAGGUGAGCUCAUCACGCAAGACGAAUUUCAACGCCGCCUACAGAGCAGUCUUCAACGAAAAGCGGAGAGUAACUUCUACUACAUGACCAUGGACAACCAUCGGAUGAUUGACGCAGGCCCCAAGGGCAAUAUGUCCAGGUUUAUGAACCAUUCGUGUGACCCGAAUUGCGAAACACAAAAAUGGACGGUCAAUGGUGACACGAGGGUGGGCUUAUUCGCGAAGGAGAACAUCAAAUCGGGCUCUGAGCUCACUUUCAACUACCAAUUCGAGGCCGUGGGUGAAGUCAAAACCAAAUGCUUGUGCGGUGCUAAGAAUUGCUCCGGCUUCAUAGGCGAGAAACCGAAGGACGGUAAGAGUGUCCUCACCAUAGACGGAAGGAAGAAGAAGAAAGCCAAGAUCAAGAAGCCCAAGAAAGUCUGGGAGGAUCUCUGUUUCCGUUGCAUGGAUGAUGGUCAGCUCCUGAUGUGCGACUACAAGACCUGUCCCAAGGUCUACCAUCUGGAAUGUCUAGGCCGAGAGAAGAUGCCGAGAGAAAAGUGGUUCUGCCCUUGGCAUCAUUGCGUUCAUUGUGGAAAACCGGCCGUGAAUUACUGUAUGCAUUGUCCCAAUGCUUAUUGUAAAACCCACGACAUGGCAGUGAACGCCCAUGAAGAGCUUGGGAAUAUCUGCGAUGAGCACGAGGACGACCUGGACGAUCUCUUGGCGUUCUAUCGAAGUGUUGGAGGGGUGACCAAACUCGUUCCACAUCCGAAUGUGACACCUGAGGAAACAGCUGCAGACCAAGUGGUGACCAACGGUGGAAAAACACCUCUGACGGAGAUCCACUCCUCGAAUUGCUCAUCAGCCUCCGAUGAGAAUUCGUCGGCUUUGAUCUUCCCUUUGAUUGAACCUGAUGAAGAUACCGAAAAGGCCGAGCGGAAAUCGCAAACCAAGCGAUAUCUUUGCAAGUGCAUCGAGGACGGGUGCGAAUGGGAGGGCAAGAAAAGCCGAUUUCUUGAUCAUCUUAUGAAACGUCAUGAGCUCCCAUUGGACGUCAGUCAAGCCAAAGUUCGUCAAGUUCUCAAUGGAAUAGUCCUGCAAGAUUAUCCGGACGAAAACGGAGAUUCGUCGUUAUUAUCGGCCAGUUAUUCGGAUUCCAUUCUGGCCGCGCGAUUACGGAAAGGCAAAGAGCGCUUGAAGAUUUGUCCGGAUCCAGCUUGUCGACUGAAGAUGCGGGCCUCCAACAUCGCACGUCACAUUAAGACCCGUCAUCCCCAUCUUGAUGAAUCGCUCGCUAAUUCGGCGCAAUACGCCGACAUGGACGACUUCCAAUCCGAUCUCGACUUGACCUUGAAUAUGUCGAAUCAAUCUAGAGUGUCCAAUGGUUUCGAUCAGAGUGGGCCAGUCGCCAAGACCCCGGGCAAAGAGCGUUUGAAAGUCUGUCCUGUGUCCGGUUGCAACUUGAACAUCCGGGCUUCGAAUCUGGUCCGACACAUCAAGACCAAACACCCCGAAGUGGACGAGAGCAUCUCACUGAAGGCCACCUAUGCCGACCAACGACCCCGAACAUCGUUCACGCCACAGCAAUUUGUCACCCCCAAUACGAGUGCUUUAAACCUAUCGGAAGUGUCCAAUGACUCAACUGACAAAUUCGGGAAAGAGCGAAUGUUCACCUGCAAAUACUGCGGGGUUCAAAUGCGAGCCUCCAAUCUCGGCCGACACAUCAAGGCUCGUCAUGAGCGAGAGGAUGGCUCGAACCCGAUCUACAUCUCGCCGCCGGAAACCGAAUCUGGUCGUCGAAUGCAGGUCCGUUGUCCAGCUUGCAACCUCAUUCUGCGUCCCUCGAACUUCAACCGCCAUUGGGCUCGCCGACACCCGGCCCAGCCCUUGCCCGACGUGCGAGAACGACGUCAAAUGUACAUCGAGGCCGAUGAAGCCGAGAUCGAUGACACGGAUGAUGGCCUUCAAAAUGGUGAAAGCGGCAUGGGUGCCAUCAGUGUUGAGCCCGUGUUUUACGGCGAGGCCAAUGUCGGUGGUGUGCCAUUCGAGAUGGACGACGAGGAGGGCUCCUUGGAGGACAUCACCUUCGACGAUGACUAUGAUGCCCGUAAUGGUCCGGUCAAAUAUUCCACACCUCAGAUGAACGCCCAGAGCAGUCAGCUCAACUUGUCCGGAUCCAGUUCCAAGCACAUCCCAGCCAGUAUGCGGGAGCUCAAAUACCGCUGCGACACGUGCGGUUACGUGUCGCGUUUCCGACAGAAUCUAGAUCGGCAUUGCAAGAAACGAACCCAUUACUCUGAAUACCUUCUUCGCACGAGCAAAAACCCGCACGUCUACGUUCAAACUCCGGAUCAAGCCAUUCAAGAUGUGCCUCCCAGUCCGGCUAAAUUGCCACCCCCUCCUCUUUCGCAACGAUUAGACCUGGUGGAAGAUGAAGACCAAAUGAUGAUGUUGACCCCUCAGGUUUGCUUAGAGGGAGGGGCCUCCGAGGAAGAGGACGACGAGGAACUGGAGGAGAUUGAGGACGAUAUUCAAGCGGAUCCCGUGGUCGAUAACAAUGACCUGGAGCAAGAGGAGAGUCAACCAACUCCCGAGGAGGAACAGCCCUCAAGACCACAGCCCUCGCCGAAUAAGAACGAUUUUUGCAAUUUCGACUUGAAUGGGAUCCUGGGGGAUUCGUCAAGUGAGGACGAUGACGAUGGCAUUAUUAAUGUUGACUACAAGAUCCUCUGAACCUCGAAUAGUUAAGCCACUUUUUAUUCGGAAUGAAAAGUAUCAACUUGGAGCUAAAUUAGCCUAUUCAUGCCCGACACAAUGGCUUUGCAAAUUUGUCAAUGUUUUCGCUAUCUCUCACUUUUCCUCACCACCACAACCACCGUUCCUCAACAAGAUAAUAUCCCGAAAUGAGGGAUGCUGGAGGUGCCUCAAAUGAACCAACUCUUUCUGCCUCAAUAGUACAAUUAUCAAUAUCAUCACUCAUAUUUUUUUGAGCCAAUACCAAUAUAGUACUACCAUCAAAGCCA